GCUGGGUGGGAAGGACAGUAAGGCGAUGAUCCAUUUCUUCCUUCAGAGUCCACUCACUGUUGACGCCCUUGUUUCUGGCCUCAGAACUGCCCGGAUAUGGAGAAUCAGACCCGAGUCUUCGAAUUCAUCCUCCUCGGCCUCUCCGAGCAGCCUCUACAGCAGCAGGUGCUCAUUGGUAUGUCCUGCAGCCUGUAUCUGAUCGGAUGCACGGGGAAUCUGCUCACCAUCCUGGCCAUCCUCUUGGACCCUCACCUCCACAGCCCCAUGUACUUCUUCCUCAGCAACUUGUCUCUUCUGGACAUCUGUUUUACCUCCACCACCGUCCCCAAGAUGCUGGUGAACUAUCUGUGCAGACACAGCACCAUCUCCCCCCAGGCUUGCCUGGCCCAGAUGUAUUUCUUCAUUGCCUUUGGGGCAGCGGAAAGCAUCCUUCUCUCAGUCAUGGCUUACGACCGCUACCUGGCCAUCUGCUGCCCGCUGCGCUACAUGACGAUCAUGAACGUCCUUCGUUGUGCCUUGCUAGUGACCGUGCCCUGGACCUCAGCAAACCUCAUCUCCAUGGUCCAUACCAUCCUGAUGACCCGCUUGUCCUUUUGCACCAAUAGGAUCCCACACUUUUUCUGUGACAUUAAUGCCUUGAUUAAGCUUUCCUGCUCCAACACGCAAGUCAACGAGAUGUUGAUGCUGGUCCUUGGGGGUUCGGUGGUUCUGAUGUCUUUUGUGUGUAUCAUGGCCUCUUAUACACCUAUUGCUGUGGCUGUGUGGAAGGUGCCCUCAGCCCAGGGGAAGUGGAAAGCUUUCUCUACCUGCAGCUCUCACCUUUGUGUCAUCUCGCUCUUCUAUGGGACUAUUAUUGGGGUCUACUUCAACCCUGCAUCCACACACACCACCCAGAGGGACAUGGUAGCCACAGUGAUGUACACCAUGGUCACCCCCAUGCUGAACCCCUUCAUCUACAGCCUUCGGAACCGCGAUCUGAAGGGUGCCCUCAGGAAACUUCUUAGAGGAAACCACUUGGCUAAGCCUCUUUGA